AUGGUGAUAACCCGGUCCAGGUUUACUGCGACCAGGAAACAGACGGUGGAGGCUGGACACUAGUGUACAGCUACACCUUCGCAAACUUUAAGUAAGACACUUUGAUUCGAAAAUUUAUUGAAUGCAGAGAACCACUGGCUCUGUUGACUGUUUUAUCUAUCGUGUUUUUACAGUAAAUUAUUUUUGCUUAAGAAAAAUUUUAAAAGGAUCAGUUAAAACAUGAUAAAGGGUAGGAUAAAGGAAAUCCCGCGUUCUCAUUGGGUACUGGGGUAUACUCAUCGCUCCCCUGUCAAGUGACCAAUCAGGUCAUGAUACCAGAAUCUGAAUCCAAGCUCCCCCGGUUUUUUUUCUCCGCCAGUCCACUCUCUUUUCGCCCCCUCCACUUGGGAGACUUUUCUUCAAUGCCCUCCCUCCCCAACUUCCCAGGCUAUGAGUCUAGCCGUUUUAACUUGACGUUAGUCCAUAACACAUAUGUUUUAAAGAAUUAUAUUGACGAUGGUGAUGACUGUUAUUCGCCAGGUAUUUUAAGUCCGGCUCCAACGCGGUCACGCCGCGCCCAAACUGGCCAAUCAGCCCGACUUACGGAAACAUAAUCAUCUCUACCACCCCUCCAGUAAGCGAAACAGACUACAACGCCAUGAACUUCAACUACUGGAAAAACCUGGGUCGCGAGUUCAUGAUCAAGUCUAACAUUAACCAUUGGAUCUCUUGCAAGUAA